CUCAAGUUUUUGGCAUCUUCUCCAUCAGUCAGUCAGUCAUGUGAUCAUCGUUGCCAUCACAAUUUUGACUAAACAUUCAUGCAUGAUUGGUUACCCCAACUAUUCAAUCUAGUCCUUCAUAUAUCAUACUACUAUUCUAUUUGUUGCUUCACCAAGUCAGAAAGAAAGAAAGAAAGAAAGAAAGAAAGAGAAAGAUGGAGAUGUUGAAAAGUGAGAUUCCAGUGGAGGAGGAAACAGUGUUGAUAUCUGAGGAUGCAAAGGCUGGUUUAGUUCUUGUAGACAUCAUCAAUGGCUUCUGCACCGUUGGAGCUGGCAACCUAGCGCCAAGGGAAGAGAACAGGCAGAUAUUGGAGAUGAUUGAAGAAUCAGCAAAAGUUGCCAAAGUGUUUUGUGAGAAAAAAUGGCCUGUGCUUGCUUUCCUGGACUCACACCAACCUGACAAGCUAGAGCAUCCUUACCCUCCACACUGCAUCAACGGCACCGAUGAGUCCAACCUUGUCCCUCCUCUUAGAUGGAUAGAAGAAGAGCAGAACGUGACGAUUAGGCGCAAAGAUUGCUACGACGGCUUUGUGGGUUCUAUCCAGGAGGAUGGUUCCAAUUCCUUUGUUGAUUGGGUCAAGAAGAACAAGAUACACCUUCUGGUGGUCGUAGGGAUCUGCACAGACAUAUGUGUGCUGGACUUUGUUUGCUCCACCAUAUCGGCCAAAAACCACGGCCUCCUCCACCCACUAAACGACGUCGUCGUCUACUCCAAAGCAUGUGCUACAUUCGAUUUUCCAGCGUCGGAGGCAGCAGGCUCCAAACACCUACAAGCUCACCCCCAAGAGCUCAUGCAUCACAUAGGCCUUUACAUGGCAAAGGGAAGAGGGGCCAAGAUCGCCACACAACUCACCUUUCAUCACUGAAAUCCGUCUUAUUAUAUACUCCCUCCGUCCCACUUUAGGAGUCCCGAUCACUUUUGCACACCCAUUUUGUAAAAAUCAUAAUAUAUAGUUAAAGUGGAGAAAUGUUAAAGUAAAAGAGAAAAUAAUAUAGAGAAGAGUCUUGUCUACAUUAUUAUCUCUCUUACUUUACCAUUUCUUCAUUUUAACUAUAUAUUAUGAUUUUACAAAACAGGUGUGCAAAAGUGACCGAGACUUCUAAAGUGGGACGGAGGGAGUAUGUGGUUACCUAAACAAAACACAUGUAUCCUCUAUUACAUAAAUAAUAAGCUCAUGUGUAUGCAGCCCUUUCUGAAUACAAAUGCCUAAUCAAGGACAGUUUUUUCCUUCAA